AUGGUGAUGGUGGCUGUCAGGAACAGGACUGGGGAGCCUCUGAUGGCGGACGUUGAGCGAGACAUUCGUGAGAACAUUGUUUGUUAUGACGAUGAAGGUGGAGGUGAGGAAGACACCGAGGCUUUUGACAUGUUCACUCUGAGACACCUGAACACCAAACCAACCCCCCAAGACCACAACAUCCACCAGGCCCACCCUAUGGACAGGAACAGGCUGUUCCAGGGGUUCAUUAGAGACCGACUGCAGGAAGCAGACCUGGACGUGACAGCGCCGCCCUACGAUUCUCUACAGACCUACGCCUUCGAGGGCAGCGGGUCCACCGCCGACUCACUCAGCUCGUUAAACACGUUAAGUUCACUGAACUCGUUAAACUCGUUUGAGUCUGAGCAGAACUACGACUUCCUGAGGGAGUGGGGGCCCAGGUUCAGGAAGCUCGCAGACCUGUACGGACACCACGAGGGGGCGGGGUUUGCCUCAUAG